CCCCAUUUUGCAAACAUUUAGCACUUGUGUAUUCAGGCAAUCUUUGGUGGUGCUCACAUCGAACUAGACUUCUUCAUCUUUACGAUUCCCCGCUUGCCCCGUACUGCCUUUUAACAGGUUGACAAACCUGUUCCCUUUUUUUGAGUCCUCCGAUCGACAGCCAAAAAAAGGAGAGAAAGAGAAAGAAAAAGAAUCACCAUGGCCCGAAAAUCCUGGCUUCCUAUCCCUCACAACUCUCAUUUCUCAUUGUCAAAUCUCCCGUUUGGCAUCAUCACCACACCCACGUCCCGCAUCCCCCACGUUGCCGUAGCCAUAGGCAAUUAUGCGCUAGACCUACACAUGUUUUCAUCCAGCAACGGCCACGCUGCCGGCGGCUUCAACGAUCUGGCUGCAAUUAAGCCCUAUUUGUCCGUCUUCUCUCAGCCUACGCUGAACGCCUUUGCCGCGCUUGGACGUCCUCUGCACCGUCAAGUCCGAGAAUACCUACAAGAUGUCUUUUCCGAAGAUACUCCCUAUCCGGACAUUUUGAAACUCAACAAGGGUCUCCAGGCACAAUCAUUGUACCCUUUAGACUCCAUUGAGACGCAUAUGCCCUUCCACAUUGGCGACUAUACCGAUUUCUACGCGGGCAAGAAUCACGCUUAUACCGUGGGCGUGCUCUUCCGGGAACCCAACACGGCUUUGCAACCUAAUUACACGCAUUUGCCUGUCGCGUAUCACGGGCGUGCGUCGUCGGUCGUGGUAUCUGGCACGCCAAUCCGCAGACCUUGGGGCCAGAUUAUCAAAGAUUCGGGUUCUGAUUCUGAUUCUACCCCUGUCCCCGUACAUCAGCCUUGUAAACGUCUGGAUUUUGAGCUCGAAUUGGGCGCGUUCAUUUGCCGCGCGAACGACAUGGGCGAACCGAUCCCCGUGGUCCAAGCCCAUGAUUAUAUCUUUGGAUAUGUCCUUUUGAAUGAUUGGUCAGCCAGAGAUGUCCAGACAUGGGAGUAUGUGCCCCUGGGUCCGUUCACGGCGAAGAACUUUGGCACGUCAAUUAGUGCCUGGGUCAUCCUUGCCGAUGCGUUGGAGCCGUUUAAGGCGAAAGGGCUAGAGAAUGAGCAUCAAGUGUUAGAUUAUUUGAGAGAGGCUGAUCCCGAGAAGAGUGCGUUGGAUUUGAAUCUCGAGGUCGAUUUGACGACAAAAAAAGGAAACACCUACACAAUCUGCCGCUCCAACGGACGCAAUCUUCUCUGGUCUUAUCCGCAAAUGAUUGCGCAUCAUACGGUCACUGGUUGUCCCAUGGCCGUUGGUGACCUGUUGGGUUCUGGCACGAUAAGCGGCACCCGGGAGGGCACGCAGGGUUGUUUGUUAGAGCAGACGCAGGGCGGACGAGUCCCGAUAACGCUGGGACACGGUUCGGAAAAGGAAGAGAGAAUGUACUUGCAGGAUGGAGAUACAGUUAGGCUUCGAGCGUGGGCGGGAGGCAGAAGCGGAGUAGAGAAGGAAGGAGAAUUGGUAGGAUUUGGAGACUGUGUUGGAACUGUAAUGCCUGCUUUGCAACGUUGAUUUUUCUAUUUGAGGCUUGAUUUGCAUUUUUCAGUCGAUAGAUAAGUGGAUUCAAGCUUUAUAUCCUAUUCAUAUUGAGACUCU